AUGGAUGGUUGUAUGAUAACUGCACUAUUGCAUCAAGUGUUGUCUAGUCACAAAAGGAAUGACAACGGCUUUUCAUCAUUUCAUGUGUCCAAAGCAAUUGAGAGCAUGUACAAUGGAUGCGGAGUCGUGGUGUCAGAUAAUAAUGUAAGGGCACGAUUGAAGACGAUCAAAAAAAAAUAUCUUGAAGUUCGCCAGUUGUUAAGUAUGAGUGGUUUUGGGUUGGAUCCUAGCAAUGGACGUGUCACAGUUGAUAUACUAGCUUGGGAGGAGGAAAACCGGAAUUCGGAAAGUGUUUGCCCUCGUGAUGAUGAUUUGGAGGCUAUCUUUGGAAAUGAUUCUGCUACAUGA